AUGAUACAAAGGACAUAUUCGCACGGUACAAUCACAUCUGACAACAUGAUCAACUUUAAAUGUCACCCAUUUUCAGCAUUUAUCAUAUUUUUAUCCAUUUCCCCCAUGGAAUGCAUAGCGGGGUCAAGCAGUCCUUCUGCCAGAAUAAUAAMAAGCAUCAAGAGAGAUCAAAUUGACAAAUCCGGGUAUGCAAACUUUGUCAAACAUGAAAACAGUUUUUUAGAUGUCACUGCGGCGUUGAAAGGCUUUGUGAAAAAACCUGGAGAAUGUGCGUUAAUCUGCGCAAAGCAUUCUCAAGGAUUCUCGUUUAAUUUUGCUGUUAAUCCUGAUGAAUAUGGAAGACAUGCUUGUGAGAUCCUGUCUACAGACAAGUACAAAGAUUCAAGCAAGUUUUUGACUGGCAAGAGUGGGCAGUCGCACUACAGCAUUAAAAGUCCAUGUGAGUCUCGACCAUGUUCUAAUGGAGCAACGUGCAUAGCCCUCUACGACAAGAACAGUUACGUGUGCGAGUGUUCGUACGGAUUCAGUGGUGUGCAUUGUGAAAAAGUUGAACCUACAACGCCUCCGCCUCCUCCACCGACUACAUCUCCCAUGACAACAGCGUUAACAACACCAGCUGCGGUUUGGACCCUUGUUGCACGAUUUUCAAACUCAGAUUCCAAAAAUUGGAUGCUAUCAAGUGGUUUUUGGUGGUAUGAUAAA